CUUUGAGAGGAGCUGAGAGAGGAUGAGCGAGUCUGAGUCGUCCAACACGGCGGGCUUCGCCGCGGCCCUGGAGCUGUGGCAAGAAAACCAGCUGCGCAUCCUCGUCCUGAUUAGCCUCGCCACCCAGUGCUUCCUCUUCGUCUUCGCGCCGCUCCGUCAGCACCGGAUCCCAGGUCCGCUGAGGCUCUCCAUCUGGCUGGCCUACCUGGGCAGCGACGCCGUGGCCAUCUACGCCCUCGCCACCCUCUUCAACUCCCACCGGUGCGACACCGGCACCGGCACCGGCACCGCCCGCGCCGGCGUGGAGCUGCUGUGGGCGCCCAUCAUGCUGGUGCACCUGGGUGGCCAGGACAGCAUCCCGGCCUACAACAUCGAAGACAACGAGCUGUGGCGGCGGCAUGUCGUGACAGCGGUGUCUCAGGUCGCCGCUGCUAUCUAUGUCUUCGUCAAGUCGUGGCCAAAAUCCAUGGCGGCGACUGCUGCCCAUCUAGUGGUUGACCAAGACACUCGUAACCGGAUAAAUGCCUUCAUGGCCCAUAAAAGUGAGAUGGCGGCUUACGGGAGAAUCUUGGGACCAGCGCUUCUUCUCUUCUUCUCUGGGAUCACCAAAUGCGUGUGCAAGCCCUGGGACCUCAAGAGGGUCAGCGUCAACAGCCUCGUGGACUCCUCCUCAUCGGGCUCCUCGGAAGAGAAGGGCGAUGCCGGUGAGAGUGAGAUGAUGGAUUCGCUUCAGGAGUACGUGGGAGCUGCAGCACAGUAUUUCGAGUCCGUCGGCCAUGAGGAGGAGGAGGAGGACGACGACGCCGCCUGUAAAGCAGACGAAGUUUGGAAGCCCUACAACCUGUGCGUGGACCUGGCGCCCCCCUACUCCGGCCGGCUGAGCUGCCUGAAACACCUGGCGCGCAGCCCAGCGGACGAAGCCCAUCGCCUGGUGAAAUCCAGCCUCUCCGCGACGUUCCACCAGCUCUACACCAAGGAAUCCCUGAAGCUGCACGACAUGUCGCACAUUGUACUUACAGACAACCGCGCCUUGAACCGCUUGAAGCUGGUCACCUCGGCUCGAGGGCUCCGGACGGUAGCCGCGGCCACACUGCUUGGGGCGAUCGCGGCGUUCUACGGAGAAGGCGACGUUGACCAGGACCCGACGGACGUCACCAUCACGUACGCCCUGCUGUGGUCUGCUUUCGUGAUGGAGUGCGUCUUGCCCACCGUGAUCCACCACACGUUCGCCUGGAUAGAGCGGCUGUUCACCGGGCACCGGACGUGGCCGGACCAGGUCGCGCAGUACAGCCUCAUGGGGUACGUGGCACGCGGCCGGAGCCACUCGUGGCUCAUGAAGGCGGUGGCCUGCCUCGGCUGCGGGGACCUGGUCGACCAGCUCUGGACCAUGAAGCCGCGCAUGGGUGCUUCGUCCAGGGAGAUCACCGGCCUGGUCCACGCCCACGUCGCCGGAGCGUGGAUGCAGGGCCACAUAGCCGGCGCGGACUCGUUCCGGGCGUUCAACGACUACCGAGGCCAGUGGACUCUCGGCAACUGCAGGGAGAUCGGGGUCGGCGUAUCAUCAUCCAUGGUGGUACUCAUGAGCAGCGUGUCGAGGCCGUUCGACGAGAGCGUCCUCGUCUGGCACCUCGCCACCGACUUCUGCUUCCACUUACUCCAGGUCCAGGGAGACCCGUCCCGCGCCAACGCCACCGCCCGCCGCUGCAUCGAGAUGUCCAACUACAUGGCCUACCUUCUCUUCGUCAAGCCGGAGAUGCUGAUGCCCGGUGCCCGGCGCAAGCUGUUCAGGGACGCGUGCCGCGAGCUCGUGGGCCUGCUCGAGGAGGAUCGUCCUGACGCGCCGCGGGCACGGGGCAAGAGAGACCUCGCACACAAGGUCGUCCAGCUGCUCAAGAGGGACGGAGACGACGUCCUGGGCUCAGCGGGCGUCGGCGUCGUUCGCCGGGCUUGGUGCGUAGCCGAGAAACUCGUGGAUUCGCACAGUGGCGACGAGGAGAAGAUGUGGACCGUGAUACAGGGCGUGUGGGUGGAGAUGCUCUGCUUCUCGGCCAGCAGGUGCAAAGGCUACCUGCACGCCAAAGGCUUGGGAACGGGCGGGGAGUACCUGUCCUACGUAUGGCUCCUGCUCCUCUACAUGGGGAUGGAGACCUUGGCGGAGAAGAUGCAGAGGACGGAGCUGUACGAGGGCUCCACUGCAGCAGCGUUAUCCAUCAGUGGCCAGAAUGUUUGAUACCGCUCGGUCUAACUACUCUUUGGAAGGAUCGGAGUCUAAUCCUCUCAAGUUUAGAUAAAUUUUAAGAUAAUAAUGUUUAUUGUUAGAUGUGUAUCCAGAUCCGUCAAGCCACGGACAAGCGUGCUUCUCCUUUUCGCAAUUUCUCCUAUUGGUAAUGUUUGUUUGGACUGGUCGUAUUUAGA